AUGAAACUUUUAUAUUGUGGAUUUAAUGGCUUCAAACAAAUUCCUCAUGAAAAUAUUAUUAUUUCAAAAUUAAGUACCGUAAACUUACACUGCUUGCAGGAAUCAGAAGAUCUGAAUAUUUCGAAGAAGCAAAUAGAAAAUAUUACCCGAAUUGAAAUAUUUCUUCAUUGGUCGUACAAUGUAUUAAUUAUAAAUAAUAAUAUUUAUAAAUUGGGUUAUUGCAACAGUUCACAAAAAUCAUUAAACCAAAAAUUACGGAUAAACAACAAUAAUCAAGUUACAGAUAUUUUUUGUAAGGACGAUGUGCUAAUACUUCUCGAUUCUGAUAAAAAUGUGUUUGCAUAUAAAAAUAACAGUGAAUAUGAAUUAGAAACUGUAUCGAAAAUACAUUAUAAUAAAUAUGUCACAAAUAAUGUACCUUGCAAGUCUGAAGUGGUGCAAUAUUUAUGUGCGGGCCAUUUUCUUACUGCUAUAGUAUCUCUAGAUAAUAAUUUAUACAAAACUCCAAAAGAGGCACGGGCAAGUGUAGAUGGAACUGUUAUUGAUAUAUCUAGUGGUUUCGAACAUACUUUAUUAUUAACGGCAGAAGGAAAAGUAUAUUCAUGGGGCGUAGGAAGCCGUGGCCAGUUGGGACAUGGAGAAAUAUCUAAUGAAAGAUUUCCACGCUUAGUAGAAGCAUUAGAUGGAAUACAGAUUUCGAAAAUCUCAGCAGGUGGAUGGCAUAGCUGUGCAGUGGGCAUAUUAGGAGAAUUAUACACUUGGGGGUGGAAUGAAAAAGGACAAUUAGGAUUACCUAUUCCUAAGAGUUCUUUGAAAUCUUUACAAAAGUCAAUAGCUACAGAAACUGAUUCAUUCAAUGCUAUGUUUACUCCUAAACUAAUAACAUUCAUAGAUAAUGAAUUUGAGGUAUUUCAAAUAAGUAGUGGAAACCGACAUACAGUAAUAUUAGGAAACGACAUGAAAUUGUAUGGUACAGGUUGGAAUAAAUACAAACAGUUAGGAAUUGAAGAUACCUCAGAUGUGAUAUUACAGUUUUGUGAAAUACCAAGCACAGGUUUCAUUUUAACAAAAGAUAUUAAAUUGAAAUGUGGACCUUGGAGUACAGCAUUGAUAGUGAAAUAA